CUGCCUUAUCGGUUCGCUCUGUGCUUAGAGAAGAAAAUCCGUUGUUGUGAAGAGGAAGAAAGACGCCAGACACUCGGGGAAACGAAAACCAUUUGAGUGCGACUUUUAAAACCCCAUUUUUGCGGGUCGUUGUUUUUCCAACAUUCUCUGUUUCCUGGUUUUGUCCAGCUAAAAUGGCUUGUGGAGCAACAUUAAAGCGGUCGAUGGAGUUCGAGGCCCUCCUCAGUCCUCAGUCUCCAAAGCGGCGACGCUGCAAUCCACUACCGGGGACUCCUGGCACUCCGUCCCCGCAAAGAUGCAGCCUCCGUCCCCCGGUUGACAGCCCUUCGCAUUCGAUGUCGCCUCCAGCCAUAGGUGGCGAACACAGGCUUACACCAGAGCAAAUCUUCCAGAACCUUCGACAGGAAUACAGUCGGAUCCAGAGGCGGCGGCAGCUGGAAGGAGCGUUCAACCAGAGUGAAGCCUGUAGCUCCAGUGACGCCCCCAGCCCCAGUUCAUCCCCCCACCCUCCCAGCUCCCCCCCAGGCUCCUCAAGGAAGGACCAGCCCUCGUUCACGCUGAGGCAGGUCAGCUACCUGUGUGAGCGCCUGCUCAAAGACCACGAGGAGAAGAUCCGGGAGGAGUACGAACAGAUUCUUAACACAAAACUUGCAGAACAAUAUGAAUCUUUUGUGAAAUUCACACAAGACCAGAUCAUGCGAAGAUACGGAGCCCGACCUGCUAGUUACGUCUCCUGAACUCUUAUGGACUAAGAUUCCGACUUCCUGUCACCAGACGGCUGCUCUGUCACUGGCCCCCUCCACCUUUUAUUUCCCUCUCCUUCUCCAUCACAAUGUCGGGUGCCAUGGUUUAUCUUCUCUGUUUUUAUUUACUUGAAAACUGUCAUCGCUGGCCAAACGUCAGAAUCUGAAAGAAGAAAAACAAUGUUUGAGGCCUGUUCCUUUUUAUUAACUUCCCCGUCUCCCCCCCCCCUCUCCCUCUGGUCUUCCUUUUUUUAUAUGCUCCUCCAUUAAACUCCUUCUAAACGCAGACCUGAGACAAAACUGUGCCAGUGCUGUAGAAAAAGCUUGUUGGCUCAAAUCGUCACUCUGUAACCUUCCAGCAGCUGUAUUUAAUAUUUCCAGCCCCCCACCCCACUCCACCAUGUUCCUGCGGCUCGUGCCCACCCACCCCUCUCCUCCUCCUCCUCCUCUUCUUCACACCUCUUUACUCGAAUGUAGAUUUUGAAAAAAUAAAUAAAAGUUCUGUGAUUAACCUC